AAAAAAUCGGAUCUCUCUCUUUCUCUCUAGUUACAUACGACUCCUCUGUCUCUCUCUUAAAAAAACAGUCUCUCUCGUUACAUUCCAUACUUAGAUGUGACCCCUCUCUUAAAAAAAUCUGAUCCCUCUCUCUUAAAAAAAAUCUGAUUUGUCUUCUCUCGCUUCAAUUUCCGCGUUUAAUCUCGAGCCAUAGCUCUCCUGACAACCCACAAUGAUUUUCUUGUUUGUGGGUCUCUCCUGUUCUGGACUGUAAAUCUCUCUCUCUCUCUAAGUUUUCUUGUUUGUGGGUCUCUCUCUAACACACACAAAGUCUGGUGUCUUCUUCUUCUGUCGUUGGUGUCACGAACACGUACUGAGUUCCAACUGUAAAUCCUAACUUUGAGCCAUGGAUGUCUCUUCAUUUUUUUCUCUCAUCAAUUCUCCAUGUUUUUCAUCACUUCCACUAUUGGCUAUUUCGCAUGCUUUCAGCGAUGGAUGUCUCUUUCAUAUCCUGCCCCAUUUCUUGUUUUUGGGUCUCUUCGAGUCCAGCAAAUGGAGGCCCCCAGCAAUUUUAUCUAAUAUCUUUUAGUGGCUGAGAUUGCUCAAAACCCUAUUUUUUUGUGUUUUCUACUUUGUUUCGAUGAGACCGACGUCCAAUCUUGUUCUAGAGAGAGAAACGCCAGGCUCUGUUUUGGCUCUGAAAGCUGCUAGUUUGGUGAAGCCAUGCUCGAAUGAGUUGAAGCUUAUUUACAGUGCAAGCGUUACACCAAGACCAUGCUCCUGUUCUUGCAAAGAUUUCAGGCCCUCUUAUCCAAGUGCUCAGGCUUCAAAACCAAGUAUUACCAUAGCUACCAAUACAUCAUGGCUUGGUGGCAAUGCAUCUGACCAAUUCCGAAGUAAUGGGGUGUCGACUUCCUCCAUAAUUGAUAAUUUCCGUGGGCUUGAUGCCUCAGAAGAUGAAUACGAGGGAGUGAUAGUUAACCCAGAGAGGUUACCAACAAAUCCUAAUGCAUUUGCUUCCAUCCUUAGAGUCUCACUUUCUCAUUGGCAAUUGAAGGGAAAUAAGGGAGUUUGGCUCAAGUUGCCAGUAGAACAUGUUGAUCUUGUCCCUGUUGCAGUCAAGGAAGGAUUCAAAUACCACCAUGCAGAGCCAGGAUAUGUAAUGUUAACAUAUUGGCUCCCAAAAGGGCCUUGCAUGCUUCCUGCUAAUGCCUCACACCAAGUUGGAGUUGGGGGUUUUGUCAUCAAUGACAAGGGAGAGGUACUUGUGGUGCAAGAAAAGUAUUGUAGUUCAACAUUUUCGGGUGUUUGGAAGCUACCAACAGGUUUUGUUGUUGAGUCAGAAGAAAUCUUUUCAGGGGCUAUAAGAGAAGUGAGGGAAGAAACCGGGAUUGAUACCGAAUUUGUGGAAGUUAUGGCUAUCAGACAUGCCCAUCGUGUAGCUUUCGAGAAAUCAGAUUUGUUCUUUGUCUGCCUAUUGAGACCAUUAUCAACGCAAAUCAUAGUAGAUGAACUUGAAAUCCAGGCUGCCAAGUGGAUGCCUCUGAGUGAAUUUGUAGAACAACCAUUCUACCAGGGUGACAGCAUGUUCAAGAAGGUCAUCGAGAUAUGCAUCGCUCGCCUUUCUAACCGGUACCAUGGAUUGUUGGCCAAUGAAAUGGUUUCGGAAUUCGAAGGAAAACCAUCUUUCUUGUAUUAUAAUGUGAUUUAGCUUAGGUAAAGGAAACUUAUUAUAAUGUGAUCUAAGCUGAGGGAGAUGUAACAUCUUGGUUCCAUGCACAUGUUGUCUAGGGGAAGGACAUUCUAAUACUUGGAUUCAUGUAUAUUCUCAACUGUGUAAUUCAGUAAAAGCUCUAUAUAGUGUACA